AUGAAGCUUGCACUGAUCUUACUCUUCCUGACCACAGCCUCGGCCCGCUGGCACGGCAAUCGCACGACCCUGGAUUCCAGUGGUCCGGAAAACAUCAUCGUCAAUGGGUACAACGCCUAUGAGGGCAAGGCUCCCUACGCGGUGGGUCUCCGCCUGAAUAAUGGAGCCGUAGGAGGUGGCUCCGUUAUCGGCAACACCUGGGUCUUGACCGCCGCCCAUUGUCUGACCACCGACUCCGUGGAGAUCAACUACGGCUCCAACCGAGGAUGGAACGGGCAGCUCAAGCACACCGUUGGCAAGGACAACUUCUUCCGGCCCUCGGGCUUCCCCAAUACUCCCGGAAACGACAUCGGACUGAUCCGCACCCCACACGUGAACUUCAACAACCUGAUCAACAAGGUAGUCCUGCCCAAGUUCAGCCAGAAGGGCGAGCGUUUCGAGAACUGGUGGUGUGUCGCCUGCGGCUGGGGAGGAAUGGCCAAUGGCCAGCUGGCCAACUGGCUACAGUGCAUGGACGUCCAGGUGAUCAGCAACUCAGAGUGCGAGAGAUCGUAUGGAAAAAACAAUGUCGCCAGCACAGUCAUGUGCACCCGCGCCACGGACGGGAAAUCGGUAUGCGGUGGAGAUUCCGGUGGAGCACUGGUCACUCAUGAUAAUCCCAUGCAGAUUGGUGUCAUUAUCUUUGCUUCAGCCGGAUGCAAGGCGGGUCCUUCGGGCUACACUCGGGUUACUGAUUUCUUGGACUGGAUCCGACAGAUAUCCGGAAUUGCUUAUUACUAAGAACCACUAUGUACUUGUUGUAUAUUCUUUUUU